CAGAGUUUUACAAGAUACAUGGAUUUCCACAAUGCCUCGGCGCUGUUGAUGGUACUCACGUUCCAAUUAAAAGACCACAAGAAAAUUCAACUGAUUUUAUAAACAGAAAAGGUAGACACUCGAUCAAUGUCCAAGCAUGUGCCGACUAUAAAUACUGUUUUCUCGAUGUAGUGAUCAAAUGGCCGGGGAGCGUUCAUGAUGCUCGCAUAUUUGCAAACUCAAGCCUAAACCAAAAACUGCGAGAUGGCACAAUUCCCUCUUGUCCCAGAGUAGUUGUUGAGAAUGAAGAUCCUGUGCCCAUCUGUAUAUUAGGUGACCCUGCCUACCCCCUCUUGCCUUUUCUAAUGAAAGAGUUUGCUGAAGGGGGGAAAGAUGCUCAGGAACAAUUUUUUGGAUACAGACUUUCUUCUGCUAGGAUGGUCAUAGAGUGUGCCUUUGGGAGAUUGAAAGCUCGCUUUGGUUGCCUGAGAAGAGAGAUGGACAUUAAUAUUGAUGACCUCCCUGCUGUAAUUCACACCUGUUUCAUUUUACAUAAUUUCUGUGAAAUGAAUAAUGAAAUUGUAAGUAAACAGAUGGUUGAACAGGCAGUGCAGUAUGAUGUUGAGUUCCAAAGGCAAAGGCAACCUGGUCCAAAUCUGCCCACCAAUGAAACCGCUGGAAAGAGAAUUCGUAGAAUUUAUGUCAAAUACUUUGAAUAAGUAUAAAAUAUGGUACUCUAUAUAUUGUAUGUUGUGUUUACAUUUACGCUCAAUCACUCAUAUUGCUAAAUACACUGUUCCUUACAGUUACAGGUGUUAAGAAUAGUGUUUUACUUGGAUGUUUCUAAUUGUCACAAGAGGAUUUUAUUCCUCACUGCUUGAGUUAUUGCUUCCAUGCAUGAAUUAUACUGUAUAUAUUAUCAUAGCUAGCAAGUUUUCAAUUGAUUGGGUUUUUCCACACAACAUCAGGGUUGAAAUUAUAGUUCAAGUUACAUUUAAACUUAACAGGAUAUGACUGGAUGUAAAUAAGAUUUAAAAUUUUCAUCAUACAUUUGUAUACUGUAUGUAUAUGCAGAAAAGCCCUACAUAAAGAACAGUGCAUGGUAUUACAUAGGACUGUUCAGUAUACCGAAAAUAUUGGUAUUAAAUCAAUAUCGGUAUAUCGAUAUCGGAUAUUCAACCAUACCGAUAUACCAAAAUUUCCGACAUACCAGAAUUUUUCGGUAUACCGUGUUCAAUUUACCAACUACUGUACAUGGCAAAACCAUAACCUUUAUUUUAAUACUGAAUGGCAAUUCAAAGAACUUUCUACGUACUGCAAUGAUUUAGGAUUUCCACUUCAGUGAGAUUUUACACUGAGUAUGUGUCGUUCUAAAC